GUCGAAUGAAAUUGGCGGCCCGGGUUGCACGUAUUGAAAGCGCCACCGAAAUUUGAUUAACUACUAGUUGUUGGCUUGUAGUGCGAGCUCGGUCCUUAGUACGUUCCAUGUAACGAAUCUCUGAAGUGCCAAGAUUGGCGGCUGCAAGAAGCCGCCGCCUCAGAGAUGGAUGAGCAAGAAGCUCGGCUCAUCCUUCACCGAUCACCAUGCCUAGCGGCGCGCACAGUGCAGCAGCACUAUAAAUCUUACGCUCGGUGUACAUGUGCACGCAGCCAGUGAGCACCCGAGAAUUUGAGCUAGAGAAACAUGUCCUCUCUGCGACAUGCCAUGCCCGUCGUCUUGGUCCUGGCGCAUGCCGUCCUGGCGCUGGCACUCCAGGGCGCCGCCGCUGGUUCAGGCGAGGUCCCGGCGGUGAUUGUGUUCGGCGACUCCACCGCUGACACCGGCAACAACAACUUCAUCCAGACCGUAGCCAGGGGCAACUACGCUCCGUACGGGCGGGACUACGCCGGCGGCGUCGCCACCGGCCGGUUCUCCAAUGGCCUCCUCCCCGCCGACUUGGUCUCCGAGGCGCUGGGCCUGCCGCCCUCCGUGCCGGCGUACCUCGACCCGUCCCACACCAUCCACCAUCUCGCCUCGGGCGUCAGCUUCGCCUCCGCAGGCUCCGGGCUGGACAACAUAACCGCGCAAAUCCCGUCGGCGAUGACCCUGGGCGAGCAGAUCGACCACUUCAGGCAGUACACGGAGCGGCUGAGGCGGGCGAGAGGCGAGGCGGCGGCGCGCCGCAUCAUCGCCGGCGCCCUCUACAUCUUCAGCAUCGGCGCCAGCGACUUCCUGCAGAACUACCUGGUGUUCCCCGUGAGGGGCUACAGCUUCACCCCGCCGGAGUACGAGGCGUACCUCGUCGGCGCCGCGGAGGCGGCCGUGCGGGCCGUGCACGGGCUCGGCGCGCGCGCGGUCACCUUCGCCGGCCUGCCGCCGCUGGGGUGCCUGCCGCUGGAGAGGGCCGUCAACCUCCACAGCCCCGGGGACUGCAACGGUGCGUACAACAUGGCGGCCGUCAGCUUCAACCGCAGGCUCGAGGGGAUGCUGGGCAGGCUCGGCCGGGAGCUGCCCGGGGCGCGGGUGGCGUACGUCGACCAGUACGGCCUCCUGUCGGCCAUGAUCGCCAGGCCGUGGGAGUAUGGGUUUGAGAACUCGGCCCAAGGAUGCUGCGGCAGUGGCACGGGGUAUGUGGAGACGGGGGGCGCGCUGUGGAGCUUGGAGAGCGCGCUGGCGUGCGACGACGCCGGCAAAUACGUCUUCUUUGACGCCGUCCAUCCGUCGGAGAGGGCGUACAGGAUGAUAGCCGGCGCCAUCCUGAAUGCCACGUCCCACCCGCGCUCGCACCGCUUCCGCUGACGCUUCUCCGAAUUCGGACGUCAGAUACACAGCUCCAAGAAUGAUGGAAGCAGAUUCCAUACAUGUAAAAGAAACAAGUAAAAAGUCUAGUGACCAACAACUGCACCACGAUGUUGGAAGUAAACCCUAUACCGAUUCAUCAUGUAACUAGGCAGGCUAGCUGCCAUUUGUACCCGUGCAAGUCCCCUGUAAACCAAACCGCGAGUUGAAAAGCAAUAAAGAAGAACACCGGCUCGACGCAAGCCUGCUGGCUAU